UCUGAUGCACUAUUUAAACUUUUAAAAUCUACAAAGGAUGAGUAGUUUUCUUAACACCUCUGAACGAGGAGUGCGUAUUUAUCAUCUCACAGUGUAAAGUAAUAGGAAAGGAAAAAUUAUGAAGACUUAUUAUUUUAUCCUUUUAAUGGUAGUAACAUUUGGCUACGUGCAGGAUGCUGUGGCGAUGUCAAUGGCAGAUCCGAUUACAGUGGCAAUGAUGAAUAGUUUGGCACAAGAUGAAAUUCCUACAGAGUCGAUGUGCCCAGACAAUUACAAAGCAAUUGCACAAAUAAAAGUUCAGGCUGUGCGUUCACAAAUGGCCUUGUCACCUGUAUUGAUAGGAAAAUUGCCAGACCCCCAUUCAGCUGUCGGAAUAGAAGACCUCCUUGUAGAGCACUGCCAGAAGAACGAGGAUAUUAAAAAAAUUGGAGAAAGUCUUUCUGAGAACGUUCAAAAAUGCUUAACUGGCAAAAGCAAUAUAAGCAGUGACAAACUAGAAAAACUGAAAACUGAUUCUGUCACCAUAACUUGUGCUGGGGCAAGUUCUAUGGUUUCAUGGGAUAUUAUGAAUAGAAACAUAGCGGAAGGAAGAACCCCAGAUGGAAAGUUACCGUAAAGAUUUAAAGCAAAUUUCAUUCACUCUUAUUAAUAAAUCAAAUAGUGAUUUAGGAUCUUUAGGACACUAUAAAGAGAUUGAUUUUAAUAAAGUAAUUUUUCUCAAAAUGGAAAA